AACUUUGUUAGACAAUGUGAUGCGUGAAAUGCUGAUUGGUGACAUGAACUUCUACUGAGAUCAGCGCAGACACUAGUCUGCCCCAUUUCAGAGGAAUCCUGUCUGUCCCGGCCCCCAUCAUGUCUUUUGUGCCCACCCCAAGCCCCACUGUGGUGGAUCAGACCACCCUCAUGAAGAAAUAUCUACAGUUUGUGGCGGCCCUCACUGACAACAACACACCGGAUGAGACCAAACUAAAAAUGAUGCAGGAAGUCAGUGAGAAUUUUGAGAACGUCACAUCCUCGCCACAGUAUUCUACAUUCUUGGAGCAUAUCAUCCCUCGUUUCUUGACAUUUUUACAGGAUGGAGAAGUGCAGUUCCUUCAGGAGAAACCAACGCAGCAAUUAAGGAAACUGGUCCUGGAGAUCAUCCACAGAAUCCCUACCAAUGAACACCUGCGGUCUCACGCCAAGAAUAUCCUGUCUGUCAUGUUCCGUUUCCUUGAGAUUGAAAGUGAAGAGAACGUGCUCAUUUGCUUACGCGUUAUCAUUGAACUGCAUAAACAGUUCCGUCCGCCGAUCUCCCAAGAGAUUCAUCACUUCUUGGACUUUGUGAAGCAGAUUUACAAAGAACUGCCUAAAGUCGUGACGAGGUACUUUGAGAAUCCUCAGGUUAUAGCAGAGAACACAGUGCCCUCUCCAGAGAUGGUGGGCAUGAUCACCUCAGUGUUGGUGAAGACUGCACCAGAGCGCGACGACAGCGAGACCCGGACGCAUACAAUAAUCCCCAGGGGGUCACUGUCACUCAAAGUGUUGGCAGAGCUGCCCAUCAUCGUAGUGCUCAUGUAUCAGCUGUACAAACUGAACAUUCAUAACGUGGUGUCAGAGUUCGUGCCUCUGAUCAUGAACACCAUCAUGCUGCAGGUGUCUCCACAAGCUCGGCAACACAAGCUGUUCAACAAGGAGCUUUAUGCAGAUUUCAUUGCCGCUCAGAUUAAGACCUUGUCGUUUCUCGCUUACAUUAUUCGCAUCUACCAGGACUUAGUUGGGAAAUACUCCCAGCAGAUGGUGAAGGGGAUGUUGCAGCUGCUGUCUAACUGCCCCCCUGAGACGGCUCACCUGCGAAAAGAGCUGCUUAUCGCUGCCAAGCACAUCCUCACCACAGAUCUACGCAGCCAAUUCAUUCCAUGCAUCGACAAGCUUUUCGAUGAGUCGAUACUCAUUGGCUCAGGAUACACAGCAAAAGAGACACUACGGCCCCUGGCUUACAGCACGCUAGCAGACUUAGUGCACCAUGUCAGACAGAAUCUGCCGUUGACAGACCUCUCUCUGGCUGUGCAACUGUUCGCUAAGAAUAUUGACGAUGAGUCCCUGCCCAGCAGUAUCCAGACCAUGUCCUGUAAGCUGUUGCUAAACCUUGUGGACUGUAUCCGCUCAAAGAGCGAACAAGAGAACGGCAAUGGGAGAGACAUCCUCAUGAGGAUGCUGGAGGUUUUUGUGUUGAAAUUCCACACCAUCGCUCGUUACCAACUGGUGUCUAUCUUUAAGAAGUGUAAACCCCAAUCAGAAAUGGGUGUGGUGGACCCGGGAGUGUUACCGGGAGUUCCAGUUACCCCCACUGUAGCAACACCCGCCUUACCUCCACCUGCACCCCUAACACCUGUCACCCCCGCACCACCUCCAGCCACACCCUUUGACAGACCUGGGGAGAAGGAGGACAAACAGACUUUCCAGGUGUCGGACUGUCGGAGUCUGGUGAAGACCCUUGUGUGUGGAGUGAAAACCAUUACCUGGGGCAUCACCUCUUGCAAAGCUCCUGGAGAAGCUCAGUUCAUUCCUAACAAGCAACUCCAGCCCAAAGAGACUCAGAUUUACAUCAAACUGGUCAAAUAUGCCAUGCAGGCCUUGGACAUCUACCAGGUACAGAUUGCUGGCAAUGGGCAGACGUACAUCCGUGUGGCUAACUGUCAGACAGUUCGGAUGAAGGAAGAAAAGGAGGUUUUGGAGCACUUUGCUGGAGUCUUCACCAUGAUGAACCCUCUCACUUUUAAGGAGAUCUUUCAGACCACUGUUCCAUACAUGGUGGAACGGAUAUCCAAAAACUAUGCCCUUCAGGUACUGGUGCUGGUGGUGAUUGUGGCAAAUUCCUUCUUGGCCAACCUGACCACCUCAGCACUAUUUGCCACCAUCCUGGUGGAGUAUCUUCUGGAUCGACUGCCUGAGAUGGGCUCCAAUGUGGAGCUAUCAAACCUUUAUCUCAAACUCUUCAAACUGGUCUUUGGCUCGGUUUCUCUCUUUGCUGCAGAAAAUGAGCAAAUGCUCAAGCCUCACCUUCAUAAAAUUGUAAACAGUUCAAUGGAGCUGGCUCAAUCAGCCAAGGAGCCCUACAACUACUUCCUGUUGCUGAGAGCCCUGUUCCGCUCUAUAGGCGGAGGCAGCCACGACCUCUUGUACCAGGAGUUCUUGCCUUUGCUGCCUAAUUUGCUACAAGGAUUGAACAUGCUGCAGAGUGGCCUUCAUAAACAGCACAUGAAGGAUCUUUUUGUGGAACUGUGUCUCACUGUGCCUGUGAGGCUGAGCUCACUUUUGCCCUACCUGCCAAUGCUCAUGGAUCCACUUGUGUCUGCACUCAAUGGUUCCCAGACUCUGGUCAGCCAAGGGCUGCGCACACUGGAGCUUUGUGUGGAUAACUUACAACCUGACUUCCUCUACGACCACAUCCAACCGGUUCGAGCUGAACUAAUGCAGGCAUUGUGGCGAACGCUUCGUAAUCCAGCGGAGACCAUCUCCCAUGUUGCUUACCGGGUGCUUGGCAAGUUUGGCGGAAGUAACCGGAAAAUGCUGAAGGAGUCUCAGAAGCUGCAAUAUGUUGUGACUGAGGUUCAAGGCCCCAGCAUUAAGGUGGAGUUCACUGACUGCAAAGCCUCCGUUCAGCUGCCUAUGGAAAAGGCUAUAGAGACUGCACUGGAUUGCCUGAAGAGUGCCAAUACUGAGCCAUAUUAUAGACGACAGGCCUGGGAGGUGAUCAGAUGCUUUCUGGUGGCCAUGACCAGUCUAGAGGACAACAAGCAUGCCCUUUACCAGCUCCUUGCCCACCCCAAUUACCCUCAUGUUGUUCCAAACCCGUGUGACUUUCUAUCUUCCAUGGAACACAAAAUGAGACUAAGGAAGAAUGUUCGGUCUAAAAGUGAAUGCUUUACAGAGAAGUGGAUCCCCAGCGUGAUCAUCUCCCACCGGUAUAAAGCCCAGGACACCCCAGCGCGCAGGACGUUCGAGCAGGCCCUGACAGGGGCCUUCAUGUCUGCGGUCAUCAAAGAUCUCAGGCCCAGCGCUCUGCCUUUCGUUGCCAGCUUGAUUCGCCAUUACACCAUGGUGGCUGUGGCUCAGCAGUGUGGUCCCUUUUUGCUGCCAUGCUACCAGUCAGGCAACCAGCCCAGCACGGCUAUGUUCCACAGUGAAGAGAAUGGCUCUAAAAGCAUGGACCCGCUCGUGUUGAUAGAUGCCAUUGCCAUCUGUAUGGCCUAUGAGGAGAAGGAGCUGUGCAAGAUUGGGGAAGUGGCCCUGGCUGUCAUCUUUGAUGUUGCCAGUAUUAUCCUGGGCUCUAAAGAAAGAGCGUGCCAGCUGCCACUGUUCUCCUACAUAGUGGAGCGGCUGUGCGCAUGCUGCUAUGAACAGGCCUGGUAUGCUAAACUGGGUGGAGUGGUGUCCAUCAAGUUCCUGAUGGAGAGGCUUCCACUGAUCUGGGUGCUGCAGAACCAGCUCACCUUCCUCAAAGCUCUGCUGUUCGUCAUGAUGGACCUUACAGGAGAGGUAUCUAAUGGUGCUGUCGCCAUGGCAAAGACCACACUGGAGCAGCUGUUGAUACGUUGUGCCACUCCUCUGAAGGAUGAGGAGAAGGCUGAGGAGCUUCUGACAGCCCAGGAUAAGUCCUUUCACUUGGUGACUCAUGACCUGGUACGUGAGGUCACCUCACCCAACUCGACUGUCCGUAAGCAGGCCAUGCACUCCCUGCAGGUGCUGGCUCAGGUCACAGGCAAGAGUGUCACUAUCAUCAUGGAGCCUCACAAAGAAGUGCUGCAAGACAUGGUUCCUCCAAAGAAACACCUUCUGCGGCACCAGCCUGCCAAUGCUCAGAUCGGCCUGAUGGAGGGUAACACCUUCUGCACGACCCUGCAGCCCCGCCUCUUCACCAUGGACCUCAACGUGGUGGAGCACAAAGUCUUCUACACGGAGUUGCUGAACUUGUGUGAAGCUGAGGAUGCCGCCCUGAUGAAGCUGCCCUGUUAUAAAAGCCUUCCGUCACUUGUGCCUCUACGCAUUGCUGCCCUCAAUGCUCUGGCGGCCUGUAACUACCUUCCGCAGUCCCGGGAGAAGAUAAUCGCUGCACUCUUCAAGGCCCUCAACUCUACUAACAGUGAGCUCCAGGAGGCAGGAGAGGCCUGCAUGAGAAAGUUCUUAGAGGGAGCCACUAUCGAGGUGGAUCAGAUCCAUACACACAUGCGUCCCUUGCUGAUGAUGCUUGGAGACUAUCGCAGUUUGACACUCAACGUGGUCAAUAGACUGACAUCUGUCACGCGUCUCUUCCCCAACUCCUUCAAUGACAAAUUCUGUGACCAGAUGAUGCAACAUCUGCGUAAGUGGAUGGAGGUGGUGGUGAUCAAUCAUAAAGGAGGCCAACGCAGUGAUGGCAGUCCUGCCAUGGAGGGUUUAGAGGAAAUGAGGAUCUGUUCAGCCAUUAUAAACCUCUUCCACCUGAUACCAGCUGCUCCACAGACCCUUGUUAAACCUCUGCUGGAGGUGGUAAUGAAGACAGAGAGGGCCAUGCUCAUAGAGGCGGGCAGUCCCUUUAGAGAGCCGCUGAUUAAGUUCCUGACGCGUCAUCCAUCGCAAACAGUGGAGCUGUUCAUGAUGGAGGCCACACUCAACGACCCGCAGUGGAGCCGCAUGUUCAUGAGCUUCUUGAAGCACAAAGACGCCAAGCCUCUUAGAGAUGUCUUGGCUUCCAACCCAAAUCGGUUUGUCCCUCUGCUGGUUCCAGCUGGGUCUGCAGCAACCGUGAGGCCUGGGUCUCCCUCCACCAGCACUGCCCGACUCGACUUGCAGUUCCAGGCCAUCAAGAUCAUAAGCAUCAUCGUGAAAAAUGAUGAAGGCUGGUUGGCAGGGCAGCACUCUCUAGUCAGUCAGCUCAGACGUGUGUGGGUCAGCGAGGCCUUCCAGGAACGCCACCGUAAAGACAACAUGGCUGCAACCAACUGGAAAGAGCCGAAACUGCUGGCUUAUUGUCUGCUUAGCUACUGCAAGCGCAACUACUCUGAGAUCGAGCUGCUCUUCCAGCUGCUGAGAGCCUUUACUGGCCGUUUUCUGUGCAACAUGACCUUUCUUAAGGAGUACAUGGAGGAGGAGAUCCCCAAGAACUACAGCAUCACGCAUAAACGAGCGCUUUUUUUCCGCUUUGUGGAGUUCAAUGACCCGCACUUCAAUGAUGAGCUCAAGGCAAAGGUGUUGCAGCACAUCCUGAACCCGGCCUUCCUGUACAGCUUUGAGAAAGGGGAAGGCGAGCAACUGCUGGGGCCUCCCAAUCCAGAGGGCGACAACCCAGAGAGCAUCACUAGUGUUUUCAUCACCAAGGUGCUGGACCCUGAGAAGCAGGCAGACCUGGCAGACUCGUUGAGGAUCUACCUGCUUCAGUUUUCUACCCUACUGGUUGAGCACGCCCCACACCAUAUCCACGACAACAACAAGAGCAGGAACAGCAAGUUAAGGCGUCUCAUGACCUUCGCUUGGCCUUGCUUGCUCCCCAAAACCUGUGUGGACCCGGCCUGCAAAUACAGCGGACAUCUCCUGCUGGCUCACAUUAUCGCCAAGUUUGCCAUUCACAAGAAGAUUGUGCUACAGGUUUUCCAUAGUCUGUUGAAGGCUCAUACUAUGGAGGCACGGGCCAUUGUACGGCAAGCCAUGGCCAUUCUCACACCUGCAGUGCCUGCUCGGAUGGAGGACGGCCAUCAGAUGCUCACUCACUGGACACGCAAGAUUAUUGUAGAAGAGGGCCACACAGUUCCUCAGCUUGUCCAUAUACUUCACCUAAUUGUUCAACACUUUAGAGUAUAUUACCCAGUUAGGCACCACCUGGUUCAGCACAUGAUUAGUGCUAUGCAGCGAUUGGGCUUCACCCCUAGUGUGACUAUCGAGCAGAGGAAGUUGGCAGUGGAUCUGGCUGAGGUGGUCAUUAAAUGGGAGCUCCAGAGAAUCAAAGACCAACAGCCAGAAUCAGAGGUUGAUCCAGGAAGUGUGGGUGAGGGCACAAGUGCAUCUGGUGCCAUGAAGAGAGGAAUCUCUGUUGAUUCGGCUCAGGACGUGAAGAGGUUCCGCACAGCCACUGGAGCUGUCGGCACGGUCUUUGGCCGCAGUCAGUCAGUGCCAGGCACUGAGGCUCUCCUCACCAAGCCUGUCGAGAAGCAGCACACAGAUACAGUGGUCAACUUUCUCAUCCGCAUCGCAUGCCAGGUGAAUGAUAGCACUAAUGUAGCAGGCUCCCCCGGUGAGCUGCUGUCCCGUCGGUGUGUGAACCUGAUGAAGACUGCAGUCAGGCCAGACAUGUGGCCCCGCGCUGAACUUAAAUUGCAGUGGUUCGACAAGCUCCUUAUGACUGUGGAGCAACCAAACCAGGCAAACUUCUCCAACAUCUGCACAGGACUGGAGAUUCUCAGCUUUCUUCUGUCAGUACUGCAGCCUCCAGCCAUCCUUGCUCACUUCAAGCCCCUGCAGCGUGGUAUUGCUGCUUGCAUGACCUGUGGCAACACCAAAGUGUUGCGGGCAGUGCACUCCCUUCUGUCCAGGCUCAUGAGCACCUUCCCCACUGAACCCAGCACGUCGUCAGUGGCAUCCAAGUAUGAGGAGCUGGAGUGUUUGUAUGCUGCUGUGGGGAAGGUGAUUUAUGAAGGCCUUACCAACUAUGAGAAAGCCAGUAGUGCCAACCCAACUCAAUUGUUUGGAACGCUGAUGAUCCUGAAGUCAGCCUGCAGCAACAACUCCAGCUACAUCGACCGCCUUAUUUCCGUCUUCAUGCGUUCCCUGCAGAAGAUGGUGAGAGAGCACCUGAGCCCGCAACCCAACCCUGGAGCCGCUGAAACCAGCACAGUGACAAGUGAGCUGGUGAUGCUCAGUCUGGAUUUGGUGAAGACAAGGCUUUCGGUAAUGAACAUGGAAAUGAGGAAGAACUUCAUUCAGGUCAUCCUCACCUCCCUCAUUGAGAAAUCUCCUGACCCAAAGAUUCUUCGAGCCGUUGUGAAGAUUGUGGAGGAGUGGGUUAAGAACUCUGGUAACCCCAUGGCCACCAACCAGGUGCCUAAUCCGAGAGAAAAGUCCAUUCUGCUGGUGAAAAUGAUGACCUAUAUUGAGAAGCGCUUUCCUGACGACCUUGAAUUGAAUGCCCAGUUCCUGGACCUCGUUAAUUACGUCUACAGAGACGAAAACCUCUCAGGAAGUGACAUCACAUCCAAGCUGGAGCCAGCGUUUUUGUCAGGGCUGCGCUGCACCCAGCCGCUGAUCAGAGCAAAAUUUUUCGAGGUGUUUGAUUCGUCAAUGAAGCGGCGUGUCUACGAGAGGCUUCUGUAUAUUUGCUGCUCACAGAACUGGGAAGCAAUGGGCAGUCACUUCUGGAUCAAACAGUGUAUUGAGCUGCUGCUAGCUGUUUGUGAGCGGAACACCACCAUUGGCACCAGCUGCCAGGACUCCAUGCUCCCCUCCAUCACCAAUGUCAUCAACUUGGCCGACAGCCAUGACCGUGCAGCCUUCGCCAUGGCAACACACAUCAAACAAGAACCUCGCGAGAGAGAAAACAGCGAGACCAAGGAGGAGGAUGUAGAAAUAGACAUCGAGCUGGCACCUGGAGACCAAACUAGCCUGCCCAAGACCAAGGAGCAGGCGGAGCGAGACACAGGCAACCAGCUGCACAUGCUCACCAACCGCCACGACAAGUUCCUUGACUCCUUGAGAGAGGUCAAGACUGGAGCUCUGUUGAAUGCUUUGGUUCAGUUGUGCCACAUUUCCACGCCAUUGGCUGAGAAGACGUGGGUCCAGCUUUUCCCCCGCCUCUGGAAGAUUCUGUCAGACCGCCAGCAGCACGCACUGUCGGGUGAGAUGGGCCCGUUCCUGUGUAGUGGUAGUCAUCAAGCUCAGAGGGAUUGCCAGCCUAGUGCUCUGAACUGCUUUGUGGAGGCCAUGUCUCAGUGCGUGCCGCCCAUUCCCAUCAGGCCCUGCGUACUGAAGUACUUGGGCAAGACCCACAAUCUCUGGCUGCGCUCCACCCUGAUGCUGGAGCAGCAAGCCUUCGAGAAGGGCCUAAGCUUGCACAUCAAACCCAAACAGAGCACCGAGUUCUACGAGCAGGAAAGCAUCACACCUCCACAGCAGGAGAUCCUUGACUCCCUGGCGGAGCUCUACUCCCUACUGCAGGAGGAGGACAUGUGGGCGGGGCUGUGGCAAAAGAGAUGCAAAUUCUCUGAGACGAGCACAGCCAUCGCAUACGAGCAGCAUGGCUUCUUUGAACAGGCUCAAGAAACCUAUGAAAAGGCGAUGGAGAAAGCUCGCAAAGAGAACAAUGCCUCACCCGCCAUUUUCCCGGAGUACCAACUGUGGGAAGAUCACUGGAUCCGCUGUUCUAAAGAACUAAACCAGUGGGAGCCCCUGACUGAGUACGGCCAAUCCAAAGGACAUAACAACCCAUACCUGGUGCUGGAGUGUGCAUGGAGAGUGUCCAACUGGGCUGCCAUGAAAGAGGCUCUGGUGCAGGUGGAGCUGAGUUGUCCUAAGGAAAUGGCCUGGAAGGUGAACAUGCAUCGCGGCUACCUGGCCAUCUGUCACCCUGAGGAACAACAGCUCAACUUCAUCGAGCGGCUGGUGGAGAUGGCCAGCAGUCUGGCCAUCAGAGAGUGGAGAAGACUGCCACACAUCGUUUCUCACGUUCACACUCCACUGCUGCAGGCGGCCCAGCAGAUUAUUGAGCUACAGGAAGCUGCACAGAUCAAUGCAGGCCUUCAGCCUGUUAACCUGGGCCGCAACACCAGCCUUCACGAUAUGAAGACCGUAGUGAAGACCUGGCGAAACAGGCUACCUAUUGUCUCUGAUGACCUCUCCCAUUGGAGCAGCAUCUUUAUGUGGCGGCAGCACCACUACCAGGCCAUUGUGACUGCGUAUGAAACCAACACACAACAUGACCCAAACACUAACAAUGCCAUGCUUGGAGUGCAUGCCUCCGCAUCUGCCAUCAUUCAGUAUGGGAAAAUUGCCCGGAAGCAAGGCCUGGUCAAUGUCGCUUUGGACAUUCUGAGUCGAAUCCACACCAUCCCCACCGUACCUAUUGUAGACUGUUUCCAGAAGAUCCGGCAGCAGGUUAAAUGCUACCUGCAGUUAGCUGGAGUCAUGGGCAAGAAUGAAUGCAUGCAGGGUUUGGAGGUGAUUGAGUCCACCAACCUGAAGUACUUCACCAAGGAGAUGACCGCCGAGUUCUACGCUCUCAAAGGCAUGUUCUUAGCCCAGAUCAAUAAGUCAGAAGAGGCGAAUAAGGCUUUCUCUGCUGCAGUGCAGAUGCACGAUGUUCUGGUUAAAGCUUGGGCGAUGUGGGGCGAUUACUUGGAGAACAUUUUUGUCAAGGACCGUCAGCCCCACCUUGGCGUAUCUGCCAUCACCUGUUACCUGCAUGCAUGCCGCCAUCAGAACGAGAGCAAGUCCCGCAAAUAUCUGGCCAAGGUGCUGUGGCUGUUGAGUUUUGAUGAUAAGAACACAUUGGCCGAUGCUGUGGACAAAUACUGCAUUGGAGUGCCACCCAUCCAAUGGCUGGCCUGGAUCCCUCAGCUUCUCACAUGCUUGGUGGGCUCAGAGGGCAAACCUCUCCUCAACCUCAUUAGCCAGGUGGGGCGUGUCUACCCUCAAGCUGUGUACUUUCCAAUCCGAACCCUGUACCUGACGCUGAAAAUCGAGCAGAGGGAGCGCUACAAGAGUGACUCUGGGCAGCAGCAGCCCAGUUCGGCAGCAGCCCAAACCCACUCUGCAUCUGACCCAGGUCCCAUUCGCGCCACUGCUCCCAUGUGGCGCUGCAGCCGGAUCAUGCACAUGCAGCGUGAACUCCACCCCACCCUGCUCUCAUCUUUGGAGGGCAUCGUGGACCAGAUGGUCUGGUUCAGGGAGAACUGGCACGAGGAGGUCUUGCGUCAACUCCAGCAGGGACUGGCAAAAUGCUACUCUGUGGCGUUUGAAAAGAGUGGAGCCGUGUCUGAUGCUAAAAUCACUCCUCACACACUCAACUUUGUGAAAAAGCUGGUGAGCACUUUUGGUGUGGGACUGGAGAACGUCUCUAAUGUGUCCACCAUGUUCUCCAGCGCAGCCAGCGAGUCUCUGGCCCGCCGAGCCCAAGCUACUGCUCAAGACCCUGUGUUCCAGAAGAUGAAGGGCCAGUUCACCACAGAUUUUGACUUUAGCGUUCCAGGCUCCAUGAAGCUGCACAACCUCAUCUCAAAGCUGAAGAAAUGGAUCAAGAUCCUGGAAGCCAAGACCAAGCAGCUGCCCAAGUUCUUCCUUAUUGAGGAGAAAUGUCGUUUCCUUAGCAACUUCUCUGCCCAAACUGCCGAAGUGGAGAUCCCGGGAGAGUUCCUCAUGCCUAAGCCCACACACUAUUACAUCAAGAUUGCCAGGUUCAUGCCCAGGGUGGAGAUUGUUCAAAAGCACAACACAGCUGCUCGUCGUCUCUACAUCCGUGGGCACAAUGGGAAGAUCUAUCCGUACUUGGUGAUGAAUGACGCAUGUCUGACAGAGUCCCGCAGAGAGGAGCGUGUGCUGCAGCUCUUAAGGCUACUCAACCCCUGCCUGGAAAAGAGGAAAGAGACCACAAAGAGACACCUCUUCUUUACAGUCCCAAGGGUGGUGGCAGUGUCUCCUCAAAUGCGGUUAGUGGAGGACAAUCCAUCGUCUCUGUCUCUGGUGGAGAUCUACAAACAGCGUUGUGUAAAGAAGGGCAUUGAGCACGACAAUCCCAUCUCCCGCUAUUAUGACAGGCUAGCGACCAUUCAGGCUAGAGGGACGCAAGCCAGCCAUCAGGUUCUGCGGGACAUUCUGAAGGAGGUCCAGGGGAACAUGGUUCCUCGCAGCAUGUUGAAGGAGUGGGCACUGCACACCUUCCCCAAUGCCACAGACUACUGGACCUUCCGUAAAAUGUUCACCAUCCAGCUCGCUCUAAUCGGCCUGGCCGAGUUCAUGCUGCAUCUGAACCGCCUCAACCCAGAAAUGCUGCAGAUUGCACAGGACACAGGAAAGCUCAAUGUGUCAUACUUCCGCUUCGAUAUCAAUGAUGCCACUGGUGAUCUGGAUGCCAACCGGCCCGUACCCUUCAGACUGACACCCAACAUCUCUGAGUUCCUGACCACCAUCGGAGUAUCCGGACCCCUCACGGCUUCUAUGAUAGCAGUGGCACGCUGCUUUGCUCAGCCAAAUUUCAAGGUCGAUGGCAUCUUGAAAGCAGUUCUUCGAGACGAGAUCAUCGCAUGGCAUAAGAAGACUCAGGAGGACACGUCCAUGCCUCUGUCCCCAGCUGGACAGCCUGAGAACAUGGACAGCCAGCAGCUGGUGUCUCUGGUCCAGAAGGCUGUGACAGCCAUCAUGACCCGCCUCCACAACUUGGCCCAGUUUGAGGGUGGAGAGAGUAAAGUGAACACACUAGUGGCGGCAGCCAACAGCCUGGACAACCUCUGCCGCAUGGACCCCGCCUGGCACCCAUGGUUGUAGACAGGCAUGGAAAGAACACCACAAGGAGGACCCCCGCAGAUUUUUGUCUCAGAGAAAUGCAAUACUGUGAACGUGACUGCUUGAAUGUCAGGGUCAAAAUCAGAUUUUUGUUUAAAAAAAAAAACAACUAAGAAUUUUGGUUUGAGUUAACAUGUAGAGCCAUUUUAAAGGGAUGAUACAAUGUGCAAACUCUAAUUUAAAAAAGAAUGAAUUGAUACUUAAGAAGCCAGUUAAACUGAUGAGCUAAGGAAGUUGCUUUUGUUGAGACUGUCAUGAUUGUUGGUGAAUUAGUGUGAUGGUACAAGACAGCCUUUAAGAAAACAGUUUCCACAUCCUUAUCCCGGGCUUCACAACAGAUUUUAUGCAACUCCCAUAAAGCUUCUCCUUUUCGCCACCUCUAUUUCUCUCUGACUGAUGGCAGCCUUAGGGACUGUCUUUUAAAUUUAGUAAUCUAAUUUACAAAAAUCAACACCCGUUGUUCCAGUGUUCAUCCUGAUCGUUGUUGUUAUAUGUCAGUAUGUCAUUUUUUAAAGUUAAAUGUUUUAUUUUGUACAUUUAAAAAUGGCAUUGCAUCCCCUAAUUACUGUGUACUUUUCUACGGGUUUGUGUCAUUUCAAGCUGUCAUGUGUUUCUGUCAAAUAAACUACUCAAGCGUCGUUUUUGUUUCUUCUGAAAAAUACUCUGGAAGGGCAAA